CGGUCUUUCUUUUCUUUCGGCGUUAAUAGGGAGGGAAGCGGCCUAAAAGUGUUUGAGGCUGAGUUGAACGUGUUCGACGAAGUUAGGGGACAAAUAUAUGGAAUUGUGCUUGGAGGUAAAUACGCAUACUUAAAGCUGUAGCUGAAAACAAUAGUAGAACCGUCAUCUUUGCGCUGCCGAAGAGUCGCGACGACAUUAAGCAGAAGGAGUGAAAGCACCAGAAGUCUUUGCAAGGAAAGCCUAGCCAUUCCGCUGCCGUGCAUUUUGUACUCAUGGCGGUUACCGUGGAGGAGCUAUAUCGGAAUUACGGCGUAUUGGCGGAUGCCAAAGACGAUGUAUGCAAGCACAAGGAUGCCUACCAGGUUAUUCUUGAUGGAGUGAAAGGUGGUCCAAAAGAGAAGCGCUUGGCAGCACAGUUCAUUCCCAAGUUUUUCAAAAGCUUUCCUGAGCUGGCAGAUGCUGCAAUUAAUGCUCAGCUAGACUUGUGUGAAGAUGAAGAUGUAUCGAUACGUCGACAGGCAAUCAAGGAGCUACCGCAGUUUGCUGCAGGUGAACACCUCCCCAGAGUAGCAGACAUUCUAACUCAACUUCUCCAGUCAGAUGAUUCUGCAGAAUUUAACUUGGUAAAUAAUGCAUUGCUGUGUAUAUUCAAGAUGGACGCAAAAGGAACUUUGGGUGGAUUAUUUACCCAGAUUCUGCAAGGUGAGGACAUUGUGAGGGAACGAGCAAUUAAGUUUUUAUCCAACAAGCUGAAGACCUUAUCAGAUGAUGUAUUAACUAAAGAAGUGGAAGACUACAUUUUUCUACAGUCCAAAAAGGUCUUGGAAGAUGUCACUGGCGAGGAAUUUGUACUUUUAAUGAAGAUACUGUCUGGACUAAAGGGUCUGCAGACUGUGAGUGGACGUCAGCAGCUGGUGGAACUUGUUGCAGAGCAGGCUUUCUUAGAACAACACCUCAAUCCGGCAGACACAGACAAUAUGGACAGGCUGUUGCAGUGCACUCGCCAAGCAGUACCUCUAUUUUCUAAAAAUGUUCAUUCAACUCGAUUUGUGACCUACUUCUGUGAACAAGUCCUCCCAAUCCUGAACACCCUGACAAGUCCUGUAGCAGAACUGGAUAUCCAGUUAGAGGUAUUGAAACUUCUGGCUGAGAUGAGUCCUUACUGUGGUGAUAUGGAUAAAUUAGAAGCCAAUCUUACAAAACUGUUCGAUAAGCUACUGGAAUACAUGCCUUUGCCUCCAGAAGAAGCAGAAAAUGGGGAGAAUGCUGGAGGUGAAGAACCCAAACUCCAGUUCAGUUAUGUUGAAUGUCUUCUGUUCAGUUUCCAUCAGUUGGGUAAAAAAAUUCCUGACUUCUUAACAGCUAAACUGAAUGCAGAAAGACUGAAAGACUUUAAAAUCAGGCUACAGUUUUUUGCUCGAGGCCUUCAAGUAUACAUUCGCCAGUUAAGAGUUGCAUUGCAGGGUAAGACUGGUGAUGCCUUAAAGACAGAUGAGAACAAGAUCAAAGUUGUCGCUUUGAAGAUAACCAAUAACAUCAAUAUUCUAAUUAAGGAUCUUUUCCAUAAUCCCCCUUCAUAUAAAAGCACAGUGACCCUGUCGUGGAAGCCUGUACAAAAAGCAGAAACAGGAGGACAAAAACGAACAUCUAAUGAAGACAUGACCCCAAACUCCCCUCCAAAGAAACCAGUUUCACUUCCUAAGAGAGAUUCCAGGCAGAUAUACAAUCCGCCAAGUGGCAAAUACAGUGGCAGCAUUGGCAACUUUUCAUAUGAACAGAGAGGAGGAUUCAGAGGAGGACGUGGAAGAGGUUGGGGAAAUCGUGGGAACCGAAGCCGAGGAAGGAUCUAUUAAUCCACAGGCCUUGCCCUGCAAUUGCCACUUGAGUGUACGAAGGUGCACUGUAGUGGUCCUUGACUGAACUUACACCUGCAUCUGCAGUGCAGGUCCUUCACAGAAAACGCCAUCAUUGUUCAUAUUCAUAGCCAACUUCAGCGACAGGAGUCAUCGUGUUUUUUUUUUUUUUUAUUAUAAUUAUUUUUGGAAUGGGGGACUUUUUUUUUUUUGUUUUUUUUGUUAAGUGACUUCAUCUGUUUAUAAGAAGAUUGUGAAUGCCCUUUUGGAUUUUUUUUUCCUCUCUCCAAGCCUCAAAUCAUUGAUUAACUGCAUUAGGAGGGCUGUGAUCUCCAUCUUCAAAGUAGUUUAAUUUUUGUCCAAAAUAUUUUGGAUCCUCAUCUCACGCACCAAUGCUUUAAUUUGAAAGAAUAUGUUGUGCUAUUUAUGUAAAACAAGACCAAUGAAGAACAAAGACCAGGUUCUCUCAACCAACUGUGUGUUGAAGCCUCCUCAGAUGGCUUUUAAGGUGACCGCAUACCACUGAGAUUUGAUUUGGUUUAUAUAGUGUGCUCUUUUCUGGGAAUUAUCACGUGAGAAUAUCAAAGAGUUGCAUACACUUCAAGAUACAUUUUUCAAAAUGCUGAGAGAACUUUUGUCAUUUUUAAAAAAAAUUUUUUUUUAUUUAGGGCAGCAAAUUUUGCUAAAGUUGCAAAAUAUGUGAUUUAGGCUGCAGGAAUGGAGCAGAAGCUGGUCAUGCAGUGCACCCAGAAUACCCAGCGCUGAUCAGAGCUGUGAUAAAUAUCUUAUUUGAACUACACAUUAAAAAUGGUUCUUAGUGUG